AUGCAGUUCCUUUUCAUCCUCCCGGCCCUCUUCGUCUUUGUCCAGGCUGUUAUAGCCGCUUCACGGACCUCGCCCCCAUCUGGAGCAGUGGUUGUUCGAGCGGGAACUACUGCGUCCGGGGAGUUCAAGUCGAUUCAGGCUGCAGUCAAUUCAUUUCCCAACGACGGUUCUACGCGGUCUAUCUUCAUUUACCCUGGGACAUACACGGAAAAGGUGUACAUCACCAGAAAAGGCGCUCUAACUAUCUAUGGAUAUACGACGGAUACCUCUACCUAUACUCAAAAUCAAGCCACGAUCUCCUUCAACUCAGGUCUCGAUCAGAGUAGCUCCAAUGACGAGACUGGAACACUUCGCAUUCACACUGACAACUUCAAGAUGUAUAACGUAAACGUCAAGAACACUCGUGGUCCUGGCACUCAGGCAGGUGCCCUUAGCCAGUAUGGAAACCGUGCAGGGUUCUAUGGGUGUGCGUUCUAUGGGUAUCAGGAUACUCUUUACGCCAAUCAGGGGACACAAGUGUAUCUAAAAGGCUAUAUCGAAGGAAAGACCGACUUCAUCUACGGACGUCAGGGCCUAGCUUACUUCGGUGGAAAUACGAUCGCCGUCAAAGGACCAGGAUACAUCACAGCCAGUGGACGACAAUCAGACGACGCCGGAAGCUACGUUUUCAACGCAAAUACCGUGAUUCAAGCUUCAGGUGCAGAAUCUGGCACAAGCGGUGGCUACUACUUUGGCCGUCCCUGGUCACUUUCUUGUUUUUAUUCUUUCAGAUGCCCUCCCAGGCCAAUCACUUUUACAGAGUCAUUUUCAAGAACACUAAUCUUCAAGUCGCUCCGAACAAGGCGCUUUGGAUCCUCUGGGACGGGGACGCCAACAGUGUCGCACAUGUGUUAUACGCAGACUACAAGACUGCUGGAACUGGCGCCAGUAGUCUAG